AAACCUCCUUCCCGAAGCCUCAAUACAUUGCCGAACCGAUGCGUGGACGAGGUGGUUUGCGGCCCCAAGGGGGAUGAACUGUGCAGGAACACCUCUGUCACAGUGGUGCCGUAACCCGGAUGGAAGUGAGGUUUAGGGGGGAAAGUGUAACGGAGGCCAACAAGCAGAGUGUCGCGUGGAACGUUAGUAAACCUCCCUCCCGAAGCCUCAAUACAGUGCGGUACCGUUGGACUAUCGGACCGGCCCUUUAGCUCAGCGGUCUCGUAGUCUGCCUCCCAUUGUCAAACCGAUGCAUUGACGAGAUGUCAUAUGCCACGAGGCUCUCCAUAGUCAAUGUUACCAUCUCCAUUACUCCAUUACUCUGAUAUAGUUGAUUUUGGGAGAUGAAAGACGACACCAAUGGAGCCGUUUCAGUGACUGAGGAGUACCAUGACGACUUCCCUAACACAGAGGGCAACGAUAUGCAGGCAUUCUGGAGAAAAGAAACAGAACCUCGUUUCAAAAUCCCUUCCCCUGUGGGUCCUUCAAAAUGGAGGACGUGCGUGGUCUUCUCCCUCAUUGCCGUUGUGCUACUGGCUCUCAUCGUUGCCAUAGCAAUGACUAAUGGACAGAGUGCUGGAAGAUUCUCCGCUUUACAAGAGAGCCUGGCCAACAUCAACAGCUCUUUCCAUGCUAUCAUCCAUUCUAUCAAACUUAAAGAUGCAAACAAACAGCAAAAAAUUAACCAAUUGGAGUUCUCAAUACACAACAUGCAGAAGGAAGUGGACAAAGUGGCUGAUUCAGCUAAGCCACUGCCGGCACUGGAGAGCCAGCUGUCUGAGCUCAGGUGUAGUUUCAAGAAAGUCAUGCAAAAUGACACCAGCACGGGAUGCUGUCCGCUGGGUUGGCUGGCGUUCGGGUCCAACUGCUACUUCUUCUCCUCCACUGGGCUGUCCUGGCAUAACGCCCGCACCACCUGUGUCACCCACGGUGCCAUGCUGCUCGUACUCAAGAGCGCUGAGGAGAAGCGCUUCGUUCUCAGUCACACCAUGCCCCUGUUCUUCUGGCUGGGUCUUACCGAUGAGGAGUUCAAUGGACACUGGAAAUGGGUUGAUGGCACCCCGUACACUGUCAUCAGAAGUGAUUGGAAACCUAAUCAGCCAGAUGACUGGCAUCUGCACGGUUUGGGCGGGGGUGAGGACUGCGCCCAUUUCCACGCGGAUGGUCGUUAUAACGACGAUCACUGUACCCGCGUCAACCGCUACGUCUGCAAAGCUCCAAUCAGUGCCGCCUUGAAACCUAUUUUUGACUAAAGAGGUCCAAAAAAACAAAUCUCUAUUUGAGGGGUGUACUGCGUGGUGCACUGUGCUAAUAUAUACACAGUAGUACACAGCUAAUAUAUACACUAAAAAUAUACAUAAAAAAGAAACAGUGUUAAUUCAACACUUGGAGAGUUGAUUUACAUCUUCGAAAGCAUCUUUUGAACAAAUGCCCCCUUCACCUCUUCAUAAGGGCCAGGAUAGGGAUACUGGAGAUUUCAUGCAAGGGGCAGAUUGCCAAGGGGGCUCUCAUUAAUAUUAUAUUGUUUGACUCAACUGUGGCCGCAACAUGAAAAUUUGGAACAUCGCUCCUCGCAACCGUGCCAAUAUUGCACCAUACGCACGCGUCUGCGCACCUUGUGUCAGACAUUCGACCGCGCACAAAAUGUACACCAAAUACGCAUGCUAACGCGCAGGCGUAUCCCGUAGCAAGCAUAUCUCGAACCUGAGCCUGCACAUCCCCCCUUCACCAUUAGAGGCCCCUUUGAGAAUCACUCUUCUGGAGUGUAUUUGGUCCCAGAGUAAACUCUAAGUGUGGAAUUAACACUGCAUUUUUUACUAUGUGCCUCCUUGUACAAGGAAAUUGCACAAGUUUGAAUCCGGCCUGGGUCAUGUCAUUCCCCUACCCUGCCCCAGCUCUCUUUCUCUCUCUUGCACCCUGCAUUGCUACACUGUCCUAUCUAUACAGUAUACCACUGGUCUCCAACUAUUUUCUCCCAAUGGCCAGAUUAUGUUGGGCAAAUGAGGCUGAGGGCCAAACAAAUCGUACCGUAUGGCCACAGAUAGCACACGUGUAAUGUUUUCAUUUGUUCCAAACUCAUGGCAAGCCAAAUGCUUGCCAUGCCCGGGCCGGAUCUUGCCCAAGGUCCGCCACGUUGAGACCACUGCAGUAUACCGAAAAAAAUGGGCCGACAAUCUUUCUGAGUAACCUUUUACACACCCAGAUAUAGUAUUUAGGGUAGAAUUCACACUGAAAAUGUUACACUGACCAAAGAGUCAAAUUAACACUAUUUUUGAGUGGGGACAAAUAUUAUCUCAACAACAGAGUUACUUUCAACUGUUCAAGAGGUAUAUCAAGACUGGGUAUUUUUUUUAAUUUUAUUUUUUUUGUUCUGAAGAGUCUGAAAAGUACAUCAAAAAAUAGCUGGAUGCCAAAGGUACAUUCAUGACCAGGCAUCAAUAUAUGAACAAGUGUAUAUAUAUAUAUAUGAAUAUAUGCACUUUUUUGCAUUGCACCAUGAUGCGUAAGGCCCAGAAGCCUAGACCUGUCAGUGAAGCAAGCUGUUCUCGAUGGUGGCACUAUGUGACACAAAGGGAGGUGUCUGAUGUGUUGUUGGCAUCAUGGUGCAAUGCAAAGGAGGAAACUUGGGCAUCAUACAUUGAUCCCUGGUCAAAGUGGCAUGUGCUAGGGACGCCUUGGAUCAAUGGGCAAGUUUGCCAGUUCUGGCCCAAGGUCAUUUCCCGAUGCUUCCUCAUGUCCUAUACCUUUCAACUGUCCUGUCUCAUUAAAGUUGCUCUGUGUAAUAUAUUUAGUAGUUGAUUUCCAGAAUUCAUGCUGCCCAUUCACUAAUGUUACCUUUUCCAUGAGUACUUACCACCACCAUCAAAUUCUAAGUAUUUAUUAUGACUGGGAAAAUUGCACUUUUCAUAGAUGAAAAGGGGGAUCUUCUCCAUGGUCCACCAUUUUGAAUUUCCACAGAAAUAGGCAUUUUAGCUGAAAUACUUCCUGUACUUUGGACAUACUAGUAAAUAUUAGUUCAAUAUUUAGUAAAUAUUCAUGAAAAGUAACUUGGCAGUAGACAGCAUAAUUUCACGGAACAGUGUAGAUGCAAUACCUAUUCUGGCCACCAUCUUACACAGUGCAUCUGUAAUAAAGAUGUUUAAGUCAAAAAAGCACUGUUUUAAGAGACCUUUGAUUAUAGUGUAUUUACUCUUUUGCUACAUUGUAAUGUAAGUACAACUAUAGAAUAUCUUAUUACAUUACUAACAACAUGUAUUUUUGUGUAUCUACAUAGGCCUACCCAAGGGUGCCUUGAGCCUCUAAUCAGUCCUUUGCCUCCCUGGAAGAAUUCAUCACUUUGGCAAAGUAUCAUGAAACCCCGGCAUAGUACAUUAUGGUCAUUAUUGACAUUGUGGUAUGCAGAUACAAAAAUAUAUGAUAAUAGUAGUAAUAACUUGUGCUAUAGUUGUACUUGCGUGUUAUUACACUGGUUGUUCCCAGUGUACCUAAUGAGUAAGUACACUGUAAUUAAAGGUCCCUUAAAAUGAAGUGUUACCCUUUUAAAAGUGCAGAGACUGGUGUGAGGCAAUGCAGGUCUUUUACUUGGAGUUUCACUGCUUUCAUUGACAUGACUUUGCUGCGUUAAUAACUAUUAACCAGAGGUGUUAAAAGUAGUCAAAACUGAUCAGUACAACACCAUGGCAUUACAUAGUUGUUACACCAGUUACUCCAUUGUGUCUAAGGUACAUAGAUUAUGUUGUUGUUGAAAAAAAAAACCCACUUAAAACAAGAACCUACCGCAAAUUGGAUCCAACCAGCGCAGUCAGGUGGUCUUAAGACAAGUGCACAGGUCUAAUGGUUACUCAGUGUUGGAAGGAAACAAUGUUUCUUUUUAAAAAUUUUACUUCUGACUAUUAACCACCUUUUUGGAAUUUGUCCACUCACCAUCUUUUUGUUUUGAUGAUGAUUCUGAGUGUUUGUGUAUGUAUGUGUUUUACUUCAUGUUAUUAUAAAUUCAUGAUGAACUGAAUUCA